UCGUAGAUUUCCCUCCCCGGCUUUUCUUUUCAUUUCUUCAUUCUCCUUCACCACAAGUUGCAAAUCGCCUAAGAAGCCGUGAUCAGCUCCUCCCGAAGGUUUUGACCGGCUCAACCACACGUGUAUGUUAGCGUUUUACCCCUGGGACCCCCGAUUUGCAUUCUGUUAAAGUACCUGUCGUCUACCCCACGACACCUUUAACGAGUGCUUGGCCGUCCCGUCCGCUCGCUCGCUCUCGUUUGCGCGUCCCGUCUUUUUUUUUUAUGCAAGCCUCGAGCUGUCCAUCAACUUGCUUCUACAUCACCAUCGUCAACAUCAAUUGCCACUGAGCAAUUUGCCGCCGCCUCAGCCGCCUCUCCCCUUUCCCUCCUUCCACUCCUCCAAUACGCACCAUCACAAUGGGCAUCGACGAGAAGACGCGCGUCUCGGGCGAGGUCCCUCGCGGCGAGAACGGCUCCAUCCUGCCCACGACGAACCCCGACGUCGAGAAGAGCCAGCCCUCCAAGGCUCAGAUUCAUCCAGCACUCUACGUCAUUGUCUGGAUCUCGCUGUCGUCCUCGGUCAUUCUGUUCAACAAAUGGAUUCUCGACACCCUCAACUUCCGCUACCCGGUUAUCUUGACGACCUACCACUUAACCUUUGCGACCAUUAUGACCCAGAUCCUUGCUCGCUGGACUCAUGUUCUUGACGGGCGUAAGUCGGUCAAGAUGACUGGCCGCGUUUACUUGCGGGCCAUUGUACCGAUUGGCAUCUUCUUCAGCUUGAGUUUGAUCUGCGGUAACCUGACAUACCUGUACCUCUCCGUCGCCUUCAUCCAGAUGCUCAAGGCCACUACCCCCGUCGCCGUUCUCCUCUCCGGAUGGGCUCUUGGUGUCUCCCAGCCUAACCUGAAGGUCUUCCUGAAUGUCUCCGUCAUUGUUGUCGGUGUCGUAGUCGCGUCGAUAGGCGAGAUCAAAUUCGUCUGGAUCGGUGUCAUCUACCAGAUUGGUGGUGUCAUUUUCGAGGCUCUGCGCCUCACCAUGGUCCAGCGCCUGCUCAGCUCUGCGGACUAUAAGAUGGACCCCCUCGUUUCCGUCUACUACUUCGCACCUAUUUGUGCCGCCAUGAAUCUGGCGGUUGCCCUGAUCUGGGAAAUCCCCAAGGUUACCAUGGACCAAGUAUACAACGUCGGCCUGUUUACCUUCUUCCUGAACGGUCUCUGCGCCUUCUUGCUGAACGUCUCUGUCGUCUUUCUGAUCGGCAAGACUUCUUCCCUCGUCCUGACCCUCUGCGGUGUUCUCAAGGACGUCAUGCUGGUCGUCGCUUCCAUGAUGAUCUGGGGCACGCAGGUGUCUGGUCUUCAGUUCUUCGGUUACAGCAUUGCCCUCGGCGGCAUGGUCUACUACAAGCUCGGUUAUGAGCAAAUCAAGGGCUACAUGGGCGAGGCUGGUCGCCAAUGGGCCGACUUUGGUCAGCGCAAGCCCAUCCUCCGUAAGCUCAGCAUCAUCGUCCUCUCGGCGUUCGUCCUAUUCACCAUGCUCGGUGGCCUGGCACCGACGUACGCUCCCGAGUACGAUCCUCACAACCUUAUUAAUGAGGUCAACAGCCACUUCGGUAGCAGCAGGGCAUAGGUUACAUGGUAGACAGUGAUACCCUACUUCAUUGGCCUGUCGUUUUCCUACUUGUAAGCGUAGAGAUGUGACGAUACCAGCUCUCUUCGCGACGAUUACCCUGUUCUGAGUAUAUAUUACGAGCUUCUUUCUCAUCACUGCGCCCAUUGUCUGCCCUCCCCCCAUUUUUUCUUCCUUUCUUUUUAAUCCGGGUACCGGAACAUCUUGUUUGCUUGGGGGAGGAGUGACUCGUGUACAGCUGUAGAGCAACGGCGCAGAGCGCGAAAAGGAUUAGGUUGCAUGGUUCGCAUUAUGGAGUUCUAAUCUGAUGUACUCUAGACGGUGGAAGAUAUAGACAUGUAUGUACGCAAUGACAAAAAGUGAACAACGUGGUCGUCC